UCGCGGGGCCGGGACCUUUCUCGCGCUGGUCGGCUCGGCGCGCAGCGAUGGCGCCGGACUCGGCCUUGCCGCUGCCGCUCGUGCUGCUCCUGUGCGGCGCGGCCCUAGCGUGCGGGUCUCGCCCCGUGCCCCUGGUCCUCAACACUUGGCCUUUUGGGAAUGCCACCGAAGCAGCAUGGAAGACAUUAGCAUCUGGAGGCUCUGCUCUGGAUGCAGUGGAGAGUGGCUGUGCUGUGUGUGAGAAGGAACAAUGUGAUGGCUCUGUGGGCUUUGGAGGAAGUCCUGAUGAACUUGGAGAAACCACACUAGAUGCCAUGAUCAUAGAUGGUACAACUAUGGAUGUUGGAGCUGUAGGAGACCUUAGACGAAUUAAAAAUGCUAUUGGUGUGGCACGGAAAGUACUGGAACAUACAACACACACACUUCUAGCAGGAGAGUCGGCCACCAAGUUUGCUGAAAGUAUGGGGUUUAUCAGUGAGGAUUUAUCUACCAAUGCGUCUCGAGCUCUUCAUUCAGAUUGGCUUGCUCGGAAUUGUCAGCCAAAUUGUUGGAGGGUAUGUAUAUAUAUUUAA